AUGGAAGAAGAGAACUCUGAUCCUAUGAACCUUAAUUUGGAUCUAGGUCCAAGCUCUGAGCUGGAGACUUUGGACAUUCAAGCUCUCCUGGAGGAAAACAAUUCUGGUGCUAUGAACCUUGAUUUGGUUCUUGGUCCAUGUUCUGAGCUAACGACUGGAUCCAUAACCAAUGAGGUUUUUCAAGGAACCAAUGAAGCUUCAAGGCUGAGAGCACAACCUAGAGGGAGACAUCCUCUCACCCCUCAACCUGAAGCAGGUCAAGAUUAUUUUCCUGACCCACCUGAACCCCACAAUAUCUCAAGGGAUUGUGCAUUACAGGUUGGGGAAGGAAGUGUGGUGGUUGAGACAACAAAGAAGAAGGAUGUUGUUGAAAAAGGUACUGACUCUUAUGGGAAAUUUUUUGAAUGUAGUAUUUGUUUGGAUAUGGCUAAGGACCCUGUUGUUACUUCUUGUGGCCAUUUGUUUUGUUGGCGAUGUUUAUAUCAAUGGUUUCAUGUGCAUUCGAAUUCUAACGAGUGCCCAAAUUGCAAGGGAGUGGUGAUUCUUAGGAAUGUCACUCCAAUAUAUGGUCCAAGAAAUGAUGCUGAUGUGAUUGAACAGGAAGGUUCCAACCUUGAAAUCCUUCCUAGGCCCCAAGCAAGGCGUGUUAAUAGUCUGAGUCAAACACUUGAGAGAAAUACAGUUCCGACCCCUAUUGAAGAGAUGCUUCAACGUGGUGCGAAUAUAAAUGGUCUUACUCAAGAUUUAGUUCAGUUCCAUGAACCAGAAAAUGCCUAUCAUGAACAAGCUGAGAUAGACACUCCCUUGCUGAGCAGUUUCUUGCCACCCCAAGAAGAUCCUCCCCUUUUUGAUGACCUUGACUCCUUCUUAAGCGAUAUCAUGAAUUCAGGGAGUGACUUGAACAUUGAUGUAGAAAUGAAUUCCAUGGAAUCCUUGUCAGCGGCUUCCUCUAGGAGGAGAAAUAAUAGUACUUCAGAAGUGCCUAAUGUGAAUGAUGAAGAUUAUCAAGCUCCUAGGCCAGACGUUUGA